AUGGCGGCGUGUGUGACGGAUAUGGCUCAGGCCACCGUGUGCCGCAACGGUAUCGCGGCGGCACACUUAAAAGUGAUUUCCAUCUUCACAAUAUUUGUGACCAGCGUAGCCGGCGUUUCAGCUCCGGUCAUGCUAGCACGGUAUUUUCAAGGAAAGUCUCUCUAUGAUAUAGCCAUUUUGGUUAUCAAAUGCUUUGCUGCCGGUGUUAUUCUUGCAACUUCAUUGGUCCAUGUGUUGCCGGAUGCCUUUGCCGCGCUCUCUGAUUGUCAGGUGGCAUCACAACAUCCUUGGAAGGAUUUUCCCUUUGCUGGGCUGGUGACCCUGGGUGGGAUUCUGAUGGCUCUGCUGGUGGACACUGUUGCGAGCUCUCACGUGCAGCACACGCACUACACGCCAGUGGAGACGGAGGAGAAGGAGGGUGGCAGCGGAGCAUUGAGUAUCGAGCUGGUUAGUGGCGGUGGUGGCGGAGAAGUGGAGAGGGUGGAAGAGUUGAUGAGGUUGAAGCAGAGGCUGGUGUCGCAGGUGUUGGAGAUAGGGAUAAUCUUUCACUCUGUUAUCAUUGGAGUGACUAUGGGAAUGUCUCAGAAUGUUUGCACCAUUCGCCCACUCGUUGCUGCUUUGGCAUUUCAUCAGAUUUUCGAAGGCUUGGGUCUUGGUGGUUGCAUUGCUCAGGCAGGGUUUAGCUUUGGAACAACUGCGUACAUGUGCUUCAUGUUCUCAGUGACAACACCAAUGGGGAUAAUUUUGGGGAUGGUGUUAUUCUCAGUGACUGGUUAUGAUGAUAGUAACCCUAAAGCCUUGAUCAUGGAAGGUUUACUUGGUUCAGUUUCUUCAGGGAUACUAAUUUACAUGGCUCUUGUUGACCUCAUAGCAGUUGAUUUCUUUCAUAACAAGCUUAUGAACUCCAAUUUGUGGUUGAAAAAGCUCUCUUUUGUUGCAUUAACUCUUGGCUCUGCUUCAAUGUCUGUUCUAGCACUUUGGGCUUGA